AUAUACUUGAUACCGACAAGACAAUUGGAUUUCAAUCAAUUUGAAAAUCAAGAUGAAGGAAUUCAUUUUAUUUUUUUGAUUUCAAACGAAUGAACGCAGUCUUAUAAAUUGGUUCACUUUCACCGUUUGUUGAGACAAACGUUAUGAAUUGUCCGCGCUCCAAUAAUGAAUGCGCGACGCAGGGAAAGUCACAGCAGCAGAAGAAAUAAGAUCGUAUCCGAAAUUGCAAUGGAUCACGAUAAGAGCGCUGUAGCAGAAUGGUACAAAGGAAGGAGCAUCUUCAUAACCGGAGGCACCGGUUUCAUGGGUAAAGUCCUCGUUGAAAAGCUGCUGUUCUCCUGCAAAGACAUCGCCAAUAUUUACAUCCUGAUGCGUUCGAAGCGCGGAAAGAACCCAGAGCAACGUAUCGAGGAGAUGUUCAAAUUGCCAAUGUUCAAGAGAUUGCGCGAUUCGAAUCCUGCGGCCAUAAAGAAAUUGAAACCUGUGCACGGUGAUUUGGUCAGCGAAAAUUUGGGUUUGAGCGAAGCCGAGCAACAGCUCAUCAUCAACAAUGCUUCCGUGGUGUUUCAUUGCGCUGCUACACUCAAACUGGAGGCCAUCCUCAAAGAUGCAAUCGAACAAAACACUGCGGGAACUGAAAGGGUCGUCGAUUUGGUGAAGAGGAUCAAGCAUUUGGAUGCUUUCAUCCACAUGAGCACCGCAUUUUGCUCAGCUGAUAUCGACGUUUUCGAAGAAAAAGUUUAUAAAUGCCCCGACGAUCCAAGAGCUGUUGUUGAUGUUACCAAGUGGAUGAAGGAUGACGCCUUGCUGGACGUAACAGAAUCUUUGAUUAAACCACAUCCAAACACGUACACCUACAGUAAAAGAUUGGCCGAGACGCUUGUAGCCAAUGAAUCUGAUCAUAUGAAGGUUGCCAUCGUACGUCCAUCCAUUGUUGUUCCAGCUCUUUCUGAGCCUAUUAGAGGUUGGGUGGACAGCUUGAACGGUCCUAUGGGAUUAUUAGUUGCAGCAGGAAAAGGUGUGUUGCGUUCAAUGCAUUGCAAAGGAGAGAACAGGGCUCAGGUCGUUCCAGUCGACAUUGCCAUCAACGCCAUGAUUUUGGUAGCAUACAAAUUAGGAUCGUUGCCUGAAAAACCCAAAGAAGUGCCUGUAUACAACAUGACUAAUGACGGAGUCUUCAAGUUAACCUGGGGCGAAGUCUUGGACAUCGGAAGAAGUCUAAUUUACCAAUAUCCAUUUGAAAUGAUGGUUUGGUAUCCGGAUGGCGACAUUCGCGCUUCGUACUUUAUUCAUCGCCUCUACUGCAUCUUCUCCCACUGGAUUCCAGCUUACUUAAUCGAUGGUCUGAUGUUCAUCUUCAGGCAAAAGAGAUUCAUGGUUCGAGUGCAAACGAAGAUACAGGACGGUUUGGAAUUGCUGCAAUUCUUCGCGACUCGUCAGUGGAACUUUUCCAGCGAACGUUUCCUAUCUCUACAAGAUAAUUUAAGUCCCGUCGAUCAAGAGAUAUUCCACAUGGACUUCAGAAAAUACUCCGUCAAGGAGUACUUCAAAUAUUGCAUAUUGGGAGCUCGCGAAUUCUGCAUGAAGGAGGAUCCGAAAACCUUGCCCAGAUGCAGAAGACAACAAACAUUCAUGUACAUUCUCGAUCGCGCUUUAGCUUUGGCUUUCUACUUGGGCUUAAUCUGGAUGGUAAUCUCGAAUUUCGAAACGGCAAAGGACGUUUUCGACUACGCCGGAAACUGCGUUCAGGAUAUACCUGUUCUGGGAAAGCUGGUCGCCAAUUGAAGAAAAAAAAGAAACGAGAAGUCGAAAUUAAAGACUGAUGAUGCACGUUUUGUUAUAAUAUUUUGUAUUAAAAGAAAGGGAUUAAAAUAUUCUCUAAGAGAUUUGAACCUGUAUUAAUAAUGCAUUGUUAUCUUCCGAAUAACGAAUGGA